CUUUAUCUAAUCUUGCCUAUUGAAAUUAUCCUCGUUCCAGUACUCUCCCACUUCGGCUAAUCGGUCAGAAAGCUGAGAUAGCUCCUUUCUUUUCACUCCUCUCGUUCUCAAAAUCGUACUCGUCAGCCACCACCACGAUGGCUCGUCAAAAGGAUAAACAAACCGCUGGCAUCUCUGAAAAUGUCAUACAUCGAAACAAUCAUGAACAUCUGGACUCAGAAGCCCUCGCUUCCACCUUAUCUAUCGAAUUUCCACUGCUCGAUCCAACCCUCAUCUUAGCGCUCUUAUCGGAUCGUGACCCUAGUACACUCUCGGAUCAUCUAGAAGAGAUACGCAAUCAACUUGGUAUAUUAGAAGCCACUCUUGUUCCGGAUAUAGAGGAGCCUCAUGUAAAAGAAGAGCCUUCCGAUGAUAUCGGAGUUGAAAUCGAUAAACUCGAUGUCAAUGAUAUCGAGCUGGAAAGAGCAGGUCUACCGGAUAACACAUCCACGAGUACCUCAGAGGUCGCUAGCUUUCCUAGUCAAGCUUCCUCCUCGACUUCUGUUGCCGAUGAAACGUCGUUCUUAGAUGAUAUUGAGCAUUUGAAAUCACUCUUUCCCGAUACAUCGGAGAAGGAUUCUCGUGAAGCUUUAGAAACGCAGCCAGACAUCGCAGGUGCUAUCGAUUAUCUCCUCUCUAUCGAAGCUAUACGGGAAUCCGAGAAGCAUGGGUAUUGGCUGGCUGAAGAAAGCGAGCAGCACGCUCAAUCAUUCGUUCCACUCGUACCCUCCUCAUCCUCCCGCUCAUCCCUCGCAUCUAAGAAGUCCACAUCACAUCCAUCAACUUCAUCUGGAAGUGCUCGGCAAAAGGGAAAAACGACCAUCACCAUUCCCAUAAUUGACACACUCCAACGUCAAACUCCUUCCUCCUCACGACCAUCGUCUCGAGCAGCCCCACCCAAGCGACGCUCUCCAUCCACAUCCACGACCCUUCACGAUUCACCAAACGCAUGGGCGACUCUCGCUUCAUUAUCAAACGCUCUAUCUGACCUUCUCCCACCUUUUCCACCCGAACAUUUCUUGUCCUACUUUCACUCACCUCACUACCCCUCAGCUUACUCAGCAGCUCGUGCUAGUCUUACCGCCAUACCAGCUGAUGACUCUGGUCAAGUCGAUGAAGUCUCUCGAAGCGUUCUUGAAGAUGUGUAUGGAGUGAGCUUGAUCGACGAUGAAGGAUCAUUGGUGAUUGAUUUGCGCAUCUGCGUACAAGCCGCAAGGGGGGACAUAUCGACUGUACUCGACCUGAUGAAUAUGUUAGCCGACCUCUGUGAAUGGCCUUGUAAUGAAACUGAUCUUGAUCGUCUGGACAAACCCAUACUGCAUACCGCCAAAUCCCUGUCUAAUACGAUACCUUCCUCACCACGAAGCCAACCUUCCGCCGGAGCCUUUCGACGCGAUGUCAUUGUCCGUCCAAAGCCCCAGGCUGUCAAGGAGAUCAAAGCGAAAGUUGUACCUGGAUCUCAAUCAUCCGCCUCAGCUGCUACGAACCCUGUCGCUAUGGACAACUUCGGAUUCGCAUAUCCAUCUCAAUUCGUCUUACCUCGUAAUCCUGAAUCUCAUCACCCUCUUGAGUGGCGUUCUCAAGAUCGUCGACAACCCCGACGAAAUACCUCUCAUCCUUACUCCGCACACAUCCCCGCUUACGCAAGAAAUCAACUGCCCAAUGAUCCCUCGGACAAUUCUCUCUACUCCCUACCCCCUUCCACUUCAUCUCCCUCGAUGGAAGAAUGUCUUCGUCGAGCAAGUGAAGAACGUAAGAAACGUACCGACGCAAUACGUGCUGCUGGUAGACAUUUAGCAGGUGGUAAAGCCGCCAACAGGAUAGUCUCUGGACAUUAUGCCUUAGAGGCUCGCGAAGCAGCGUCAAGAGCAAGAGAAUGGGAUAUGCGUGCUGCCAAUACAGCGGUCAUCUUUCAGCUCCAAAGAGGUAACACGAUUGAUCUUCAUCAUAUGACAAUUGACGAAGCUACAUCUGCCGCACUAGGUGCUGCGGAGGAAUGGUACGCUAAAGAGAAAGCUAAGAACUUUUACGGAAGGGAAAGUGUCAAUAGGAAGUUCGUACCGACGAAUGAACUGAGGAUCGUGACGGGUGUAGGACGACAUUCUGCGGGUAAAGUCGGAGUUUUGGGUCCCGCUGUUAGCGCAGCUUUGGAGAGAGAAGGCUGGAGGGUGGAUAGAGGAGAAAAUUCGCGAGGAUAUCUGGUCAUUAGUGGACAUAGAUGA